AUGGCCGUUCCCGCCCUUCGCCUCCGCCGUGCUCUAUCUCUCUCAUCUUCAGUUCUUCAAAAGUCUCUAUAUCGGCCAAAACCGUUCUCCUCAGCCACCGCUUCAUUUCUUCUGAUUCGCCCUCCCAGCUCCACUCCAGCUCGAGUUCCCUCCUUCACGCAAUGUCCGCGGCUAUUCACUUCAAAUUCUGCCUUAUUCCGCAAGGUUUAUGAUCCGGAGGUCGAUGAAAUCGGGCCCGAUACUAUCCUGUUUGAAGGUUGCGAUUACAAUCACUGGUUGAUCACUGUGGAUUUCCCCAAAGAUUCCAAUCUUACAAGAGAACAGAUGAUUGAUACGUAUGUCAAUAUAGCCGCCCAAGUAUUCGGCAGCGUGGAAGAGGCGAAAAAGAAGAUAUAUGCACUCAGCACUACAACUUAUCAGGGUUUUCAGGUUGAGUGCUCCGAGGAAACAUCCGAAAAGUUUAAAAAUAUAGAGGGGGUUGUAUUUGUCUUGCCAGAUUCAUACAUCGAUCCAGUAAAUAAGGAAUACGGAGGAGACAAGUACGUCAACGGAGAAAUUUUUCCGAGGCCACCUCCUGUACAUUACGGGAGACGGGGCAACAGAGAUAGGCGCCCGAGAGAACAGAUGUCGUAUCAGCAAGGAAAUGAUAGAUAUGAUAACCAAGAAGCAAGGAAUUACGGACCACCAUCGAACUAUGGGCCUCCUCGGCAGAACUAUGGGCAGCAGUCCCCACCGCCACCUCGGCAAAACUAUGGUCAGCAGCCACCUCCACCACCUCGACAAAACUACGGCCAGCAACCACCACUCCCUCCCUCACAGACCUACGGGCAACAGCCACCACCGCCCACUCAGAACUAUGGACAACAGUCGCCACCACCACAGAACUACGGGCAGCCACCACCGCAACAAAAUUACGGACAGCCAGCUCAGCAGAACUAUGGACCUCCACCACCACGACAGAAUUAUGGGCCACCGCAGUGGCAGAACUAUGGCUCGCCGCAACAGCAGAACUACAGGCCGCUUUCACAACCCAACUACGGGCAGCAAUCCCAUCAAGCUCCCGGAAGCAUGCCAAAUUUUCCACCUCAACAAGAUUAUGGUUCGAGGCUGCCGUUUAAUAGUGAUAGGAACCCCAUGCCUUCUAAUAUCAAUCAAGCUGAGCCGGGAAGUCACAAUCCCCAGGGCCGCGAUCAAGAUGAUGCUGCUGCUAAUGGUGCAGCGGGGUUCGAACGGGCAAACGGCGCACCUUACGCCCAAAACUAUUGACAAGAAAAUGAAUACAUGAAGAGAAUUAGCAGGAAGGAGAAUUUAAGAAGGCCAGAUGCCAAGAAGUUCUUGCUGCUUUUUGUAAAGUUGGGCGUUAUAAAGGAUCUUCACUAUUUGCUAGCCUAGUAACUGAACAUGCAUUUUAUUAACUCUACUCUAUAAUGAACUUUGUGUUUCGUUUCGUA